AUGUCGCCCCCCCAAUUUAUCUACAUCGAGCUCCCCAGCUUCCGCAUCAAGAACGCCAGCGGGCAGAUCAUGCGCAUCAGCUACGCGCAGCUCGGGCUCAUCAGCGCGCAGUACCAGUUCGUGCGCAGCGGCAUCCGCAGCUCCUCCGCCGCCUCCGCCGCCUCCCCAUCCACCGCCAGCGACGCCGUCGACCUCUCCGCCGCCCUGCUCUUCGCGGACGGCGAGCCGGACCUGUGGACCGCGCUCCCGGGGGCCGGGGACGGCGGCUCGGACCCGCACGCCGAGGAGAACAUGCUGCUCUCGUACUUCCAGGCCUUCGACUCCCCCGGCUCCUACCCCAUCGUGGACGCGAUGCUGCUGCGCCGCGGCGAGCCCUGCACCCACUGCGCCGGCUACUUCACGCUGGCGGGCAAGCAGCUGCGGCCGCACGACGGGACGCCGAGCUUCCGCGCCAAGUUCACGGCGCGCUCCGACCGCGCGUACACGCCCGUCUUCUACGUCGCGAGGAGCCUGGGCGCCGCGCAGAGGGCCGCGCUGUGGGCGCAGAUCGGGUGCAUGCGCGCGGACGAGCCGGGCAUCGUCGUCGCGUCGAGGGCCGACGUCCCGGUCGGCCAGGCGUACUACGUCAUGCCCGACUCGCCGUGGUUCGCGAUCAAUGGCCAGGAGGCGAUGACGGAUGCGCAGAUCGCGGAGGCGAUCGUGCGGCAGGGGGUUAUGCCGACUUAUUGGAUUGGGAGGUGA